UGUAGAUUAUCGCUAAAAGAGUCCCUGUCCAUGGGUUAGAGAAGUUAGCUAGCUAACUUAGCUAGUAACUUAGUAGCUUGCUAGCUACCGUACUUUAGCUCAAUGACGUACCGGGCUGUGAGUCAGCAGCAGUGACACCGGUAGCUAGCAUGCUGUGCAGUUGGCUAACUAUUUUGCUUGCGUAUAUAAUUAAUAGUGAAUGGUAAUAAUACUAAUAAUACUAAAUGGUAGAAGAUUCCGACACAGACAGAAGUGAUUCCAACCGUAUACCCAUCGACGCAACAUCGCGGGACUUUCGGGAACGCUUGCGAAGCAGACUCAACAGACCAGACCGGGAUUUGUGUAAAGCGGGACAUCCAGGAGAGCGACGAGGAGGCCGUCUGUGUCAAAGAGCAGAGCAUCCUGGAGCUGGGUGGUCUGCUGGCGAAGACGGGCCAGGCUGCAGGUGACACAUCCUCCCUCCCUCAUCCCCUCCGAUUUCAGAGCUGGGCGGUCUCCUGAAGUAUGUGCGGCCAUUUCUGAAUUCCAUCAGCAAGCGGCUGGUGCGCUCGCUGCUGGACCUGUUUCUGGACAUGGAGGCAGCUACAGGCCAGGAGGUGGAGCUGUGUCUGGAGUGCAUCGAGUGGGCCAUGGCUGAGAAUAAAACAUUCCUCAGACAGGCCCUGGAGGUGAGGAGUGGAAGAGGGGACCCCACUGGAAGAGAGCUGAGCGGGAGCACUGACAUGAUGGGUUUGGCUCGUCUCAUCUCUCUGUAUUUUGACACAAAGCGGUAUCAAGAGGCGCUUCAUCUAGGCACCCAGCUACUCCAGGAACUGAAGAAAAUGGAUGACAAGGCCCUGCUGGUGGAGGUACAGCUGCUGGAGAGUAAGACGUACCACGGCCUCAGCAACCUGCCAAAGGCCCGAGCUGCCCUUACUUCUGCACGCACCACCGCCAACGGCAUUUACUGCCCGCCCAAGCUACAGGCCGCCCUGGACAUGCAGUCAGGGAUCAUCCACGCAGCAGAGAAGGACUGGAAGACUGCCUACUCUUACUUCUACGAGUCCUUCGAAGGCUAUGACUCCAUCGACCAUCCCAGAGCGAUCACCGCUCUCAAAUACAUGCUGCUCUGCAAAAUCAUGCUCAACCUUCCUGAGGAGGUCCAGGGUCUCGUCAGUGGAACGCUAGCCCUGCGGCACGCCGGGAGACAAACAGACUCUCUGAAAUGCGUGGUGCAGGCCAGCAAUAACCGGUCGCUGGACGAUUUUGAAAAGGCCCUGACAGAGUACAGAGGUGAGUUGAGAGAAGACUUCAUCAUAAGCACACACUUGACCACGCUCUAUGACAACCUGCUUGAACAGAACCUCAUCCGUGUCAUCGAGCCUUUCUCCAGGGUACAGGGAGAUGUCGAGAGGAAAUUGUCACAGAUGAUUCUUGACACAAAAUUUCACGGUAUUUUGGACCAAGGCGAGGGUGUGCUGAUCAUCUUCGAUGAGCCUGCAGUAGACACAACAUAUGAGGCGGCCCUGGAGACCAUUCAGAACAUGCGCAAAGUGGUGGACUCACUCUACAACAAAGCCAAGAAGCUCACAUAGAGGAGACCACCUGUACCCCAGCACAGAGCUUGUCCGGCAAGUUUGUGAAGCACUCCGGGGAGAGGGGGCGGUGUUCGGACUCAAACAACCCAGCAAGCAAAUAAACCAACCGACCAACCCACAAACUGACAGGGCUAGGCUGCCCCCCCACCCCCACCCCUCUUCAAUUCAGUCUGGGUACAUUUAAAAUAAAAAAAACAGACAUUACAACUACUGGCAUCUCCAUCACAGGUUUCUAUGUUCCUCGGCAUCCCCCUCCUCCCCUCUUUGCCGACCAUCAGGGAAUCUUGUAAAAAAUGAACAAUAAAGAAACAAGCAUAUACAUAACAUGUAUGAAAGAUCUCUGAAAGAGUGUAAUUGGUGGGCUUACAUUGCCUUAAGGUUCAGUUCUGUUGCCAAACAACCCCUGGCCAACCCAUAUGUUUUCUUGCCUUCACCCCCCCCCCAACACACACAGAUGGCAAUCUGGGUCUGCUGGCUUUGUGCCAGAGUGGACAGAAGAAACGGACCACUGUCCCUGCGAACACACCACAGGAAAAGGACAUAGUCAUCGCCACACCGUUUUAUAGUUCCCAGACCUGGGUUAAUAUAUUGUUUGAAAAUCGUUCAAGCACUGAGUGUUUGUUUUAUCCUGCAUGGGGUGCCAGGAGGGUGUGGUUUUCCUUUUUGGGACUUUUCUAUUUGUUCCAUUUCAACAGGUUAGCUUAAUCGAGAACAUAUAAAGUACCUGAUAUGAUCUCUAAUAGUAUUUUAAUCCAGGUGUAAUUGUUUCCUUUCCCUGCCUCCAAUUCCAGUUUGUACAUAAUGUUGCCAGGUGUGUCUCUGUCAGGCCUGCCAUGCUAACACCUCGCCCAUCCCUUUUUUUUUUUUUUUAUUACACUAAACGAGAAUAAAAUAAGCCCUCUGUGCUUUUGGGAGUGGUGGUGAUUGA